AUAUUAUCAAUAAGAAAGCAAGUCAUUCGGCAAAAUAAAAUUCAACAAAAAACUAAAGUUUACAAAAUCCUUUAAUUAAGCCUCGAUUAAUUAAAUUAUAUCCUUCCAAGAUGUCGAUUAUGGCUUAUAAUGGUGGUUGCAUUGUUGCAAUGAAGGGAAAAGAGUGUGUAGCUAUUGCAACAGAUCAUCGUUUUGGUAUUCAAGCUCAAACAAUCGCAACUGAUUUUGAGAAAGUAUUUCCAAUUAAUAAGCAGAUGUAUUUGGGAUUAGCUGGUCUUCAGAGUGAUAUCAUCACUGUUUAUAAGCGAUUAAUGUUCAGAAAGAAUUUGUAUGAAAUUAGAGAGAAUCGUGUAAUGCAGCCUGAAAGAUUUGCUGCUAUGUUAUCCAGUUUCCUCUAUGAACAUCGUUUUGGACCAUAUUUCAUUGAGCCAGUCAUUGCUGGAUUAGAUCCAAAAACCUUCAAACCAUUCAUCUGUAAUAUGGAUCUUAUUGGAUGUCCAAACAUGCCUGAUGACUUUGUUGUUGGUGGAACUUGUGAGGAACAAUUGUUUGGUAUGUGUGAGACUUUAUGGCGUGAAAAUAUGGAACCAGAUGAUCUCUUUGAGACAAUCUCACAAGCUAUGUUGAAUGCAUUUGAUCGUGAUGCUAUUAGCGGUUGGGGUGCGACUGUUUAUAUCAUAGAGAAGGAUAAGACGACUGUUAAAACGCUGAAAACAAGAAUGGAUUAAGCAGAUUCAGUGAUUUUGCAUCUACUUUUUAAUUUUUCUUAAAAUAUGUUUACAAUUCAUAAUAAAAGAUGGAAAUAAAAAAAAAAUCUUAUUCAACUCA